UUGUCCAGCGCGCACAGCUGACUGACAACAACAUUGCAGGCCGGUCGCUUAGGUAGCAGUAGGCAGGGUGGAGAAGCACGCCUACAACCAACUGUUUAAAAACAUUUCUGUCAACAACCAGAAGGUACCUUUAACCAGUUGGUUUGCUACAUCACUUUUCAAGUAUUUCAACUUCAGGGUAGUCCGAAAUCGUAGUCGUCGAGCUUGGAAAGGGGGAGGCUACCAGCGAGAGGCAGCUUUUAGGCUUGGUGGAGAGGGAAACAUUCGCUAUAUCCUCGGACUGAACAUGGCAAUGUCCCUCAUCCAAGCCUGCCGCAGUCUAGCUCUCUCAACAUGGCUGCUAUCCUUUUGCUUCGUGCAUUUGCUGUGCCUGGACUUUACGGUGGCGGAGAAAGAAGAAUGGUACACCGCGUUUGUCAACAUUACUUAUGUGGAUCCCGUGACUUCAGAAAUCAAAACAGAGAAGACUGAGUGUGGAAGAUAUGGCGAGCACUCCCCCAAGAAAGAAGCAAGAGGGCAAGUGUUGAUGCCUUUGCUUUUGCAAGAGAGACAAGCUUGCGACCCGAACGCUAAGUAUCCCCUGCCUUAUCAAAACAAUGCUUGGAUGGCGUUGAUAGCUGCGGGGAAUUGUACAUUCAGAGAUAAAAUUCACAACGUCGCUGCACUCCACAACGCAUCUGCAGUCAUAAUUUAUAACGUGGGCUCCACUAAUAUCAACGAUACCAUAACAAUGCCUCAUCAAGGUACGGGGGAUAUCGUGGCGAUCAUGAUUCCGGAACCCAAGGGUCGGGAGAUCGCUGCUCUACUAGAACGCAACGUCACGGUGACCAUGCACAUCACCAUAGGAACGAGGAACCUUCAGAAGUAUGUGAGCAGAACGUCGGUGGUGUUUGUCUCCAUCUCCUUCAUUGUCCUGAUGAUCAUCUCCCUGGCAUGGCUCAUCUUCUACUAUAUACAGCGGUUCAGAUACGCCAACGCUCGCGACCGCAAUCAGAGACGUCUCGGAGACGCAGCCAAGAAGGCCAUCAGUAAGCUCCAAGUACGAACCAUCAGGAAAGGAGACAAGGAAACGGAGUCUGACUUCGACAACUGUGCUGUGUGCAUCGAGGGCUAUAAAGCGAAUGAUGUUGUUAGGAUAUUGCCGUGCAGGCACAUCUUCCAUAAAAGCUGUGUGGACCCCUGGCUUCUGGACCAUCGGACCUGUCCCAUGUGUAAAAUGAACAUCCUCAAAGCGCUGGGAAUACCACCCAACUUUGACUGUGGGGGUGACAUUCCACCAGACUAUGAGAUGUCAGUGGGAGGCCCGCCCACCAACGCAAUCACAGGGGCCAGUGACGUCACGGUGAACGGGGAGGAGAGCUCGGUGGUGCUGGACACGGUGGACAUGGACAGGACGAUAGGGCUGCCUCAGGUCUACCACGACGCACACGAGACACUACCACAGGCUGGGGACCGCCGACACAUUGCCAGCAGUGAGCACCAGCCCCCGCUGAGCAGCGACUCGGACACCUCCCUUAUCUUGGCUGUGGAGGUGGGUCUGUCCGACAUGGAGCUCUCCCUCGGGCACGACCGUGAUGAGGUCAAGUCCUGAGCCAAUCAGAGCCAAGUAGGAAGGAAGCUCCCGGGGUCGACUUGGAGAUGAGAAACGGGACCGAAGGGGCAGCGCCUGGCCCCCUGAUGGGAGGUAGUGGCUCCAAAUAAAUAAGAGACAAGCAAGCAAUAGAACCCAUAGCAGUGCAACACACCUAUCUGUCCCCACUGCCUCAUCUACAGGGUCCUCCUGUCCUGCCUCCCUUUUCUGACUGCUGUCACGUUCAGUCGCCAUGGAAACCAGGCAGCCAAUCACAGCUCUUGUCAUUAGCCUCUGGACUGGGGGUAUAGUUUAGCACCUCUGUUAGUUGUCUCCAUGUCACCAUCACUUUAUUGACUCUUUGGACAUGUGACAUUUUGAUUUCUUUCUACGAGAUCAUCACUGCCAACGUAUCCCAGAAUGAAACACGGAAAUCUUUACACCUCGUUAUAGGAAUGUCUAUUUAUACUGUAUAUGGUCAAUAUAAGUCUCCUGCAGCAUGGGCUUUGAGUGUCGAAAACAGUUAGUGCGUGUUCUGAGUGACCAGCAUUUACUUGUGGUAAACUUGAAGCUGAUGUUUUUUCACCAUCUCUGCUUGAAAUAAUUUCCAUAACAUUCAACGCUGUUGGUAUUGUAGCAUUUAUACUAUGCACAUGUUGUCAAGCAUUUCUGAAUAUCCAAUUGUUAAAUUGCAUCCUUCUCCUUAAUUUAGGGGUCUUUAGGACUAUUGUUUAUUUCCACUUCUGAAGUACUGUACACCAUGUGUUGUGGGGACCAACUACGAGUUUGUUUUACCACACCAGUUGACAAUCACAGCCCACGGUAAUGGAGAUUUGCAGUGAUGACGUCAGCUACAGCCCCGUUUCAAACUGCUACAGCUUUAUUAGCACCGCCAGUAACACAGCACAGGAGGCGAUAGUAGUGGCUGUUUGUUCCGUUUUAAUGUCAUGUCAUCUCCCAGUCGAGCCACCCAAUAGCAUGUGGUGAAAUCUUCUGUUACCUAACAUAACGUGUGUCUGCAGUGAUGUGCAUUUGCUCUGUGCCAAGUUCUUGCAGUUUUAGUUUUUUGUAUUGAUGUUGCUUCUGUUUCUAGAAGCCAAAGCAAGAUUGCAUUGUGGGUGUUGUUGAGUUCACCCAUUGGUUGGAUAGUGAAAAACACAUCGAAGUUGUCUGUUGAUAAAAGUAAAUGACAUUUGACUAUAUCUGAACUCGGUGUAUUAGAUAGCCCCUAGUCUGAGACAUCCCAGACCUAGGGCAACCGCACUAGUAUGCUGGAACAUUGGUACAUUGUGGGAAGCAACUGGUCCAUCUAGAGAGACUAGAUAGCCCCUUGGUGAAGGAAUACCAUGCAUUGGUUGUGGCUUUGGUUGACUGUGAAUUCAUUAUGAAAGAGUUGACUAAACCCUGUUGCAGAUAGUUUGUACCUCCUUAGUCAUUUCUUCUGAGGAUAAAAUGUUUUCUUUUUUUCCUAUGAUGAAUUUCAAAAUGGCAGUGUUCUUUGUACAUUCGUCGUGUAGGGAAACGAAAGUCUGACGAACAGCAUUUAUUUUAGUAUGAAAAUAAGUUUAUUUUUGUAAGAAAAAGAAAAUGGAGGUAAAUGUUUACAGUCCAGGGGAAAUGGAGUAGAGAGAAUAUUUGCCUGGUUUCAAGAGCUCACUGGUAAUGCUAAUGCAUUUUGAAUGACAUGUAUUAAUUCAUGGUUUAUGUCCUUCCUCCCCCGAUUUUGAUUACUGCUCUGUAAUUGAUUCAAAGGCCAUUUUUUAUUUGAGUUUGAUUCCUGUCUCUUUUGGGGUCCCCUCAAGGUUCUCAGCACAUUAAUUUAUUUACAAAUGUGUACUUUCAUCCUUAACAUAUGAUCAUCUUAUAUUGCUUUAGUAUGCAAUUUAGAUUUGAUUUUCAGGCUAAAAUCUGUAUGAAAUGGCACAAGGCCACUGUUGUCAUCGAGUAUCUACUGCGUUUCUCUUCCUUACUAUGUGUUCGUUCAUUUAGUCAUUGGUUCCUUUAGGCCGCCAACCAAUCAACUCCCAGUUAUGUAAGAAGUUCAUAUUACCCAUAUCCCCCCUGUCCUUGUCAAUCAGAGAAGGAUUACAGAAUCUAUGGGAGAAUGUUGAAAUCUCCCACGUUUAUGCAUUAGGUACAUCUGUAUGCCCUCCUAGUGUGUCAGACUCCUUACAUUUAGCUUUGUUUUGCAGUAUCAGUUUGUGAAAUACACUAAAUCUGUGUGAUUAAUAUUGUAUAAGCGUCAUAAAUGUAUAUUUAAUCAAUCGAUUUGAAUGGAGACUGAAGAGUGAUGCAUUGAACAUGGCUCAGUUAAAAGCAUAUUCUUCCCACUUUUUGCAUUCCGAUUCUCUACACUUCUCACUAAGUGUGCACACUUAAAGUAAUGGAUUUUAUAAUGGUGGUAACGCCCUCCAGCCAAUGUUUACACCAAUCCAGUGCUUCUAAAUCAGUGAUGGGAACUGCACGGUAUAGGAGGAUGGGGAUUGAGUCAUGGAGGAGUUAAGUGCUCCACCAUAAGUCAUGGCAUCCUUGGCCAGAAUACUAGAGACCCAUUAAAAUAUGGUAUGGUAGUCUCAUCUAGCCUCUCCACACACAGCUGUACAGUUGUUACUACGGGCUGAGGGCCCUAGAAACAACUAACAGCAUUUGAUUUUCCUCUGGGGGUUGGUUUCACACACACACCACACCACACAGUUUCCAUGUGCCCAUUUGUUUGUAUUGCACAGGGGGACAAGAUAAGAGGAAGCAAUUAAGCUCGGGGGGCAUUUUGUACCAGAGGAGGGUUUUGAUAGAUGCUGAUUGUACUGUGUGUGUGUGUGUGUGCAUGCGUGUCUGACAUCUUUACUUGUGUGAAGCCAGAACAUUUAAAAGCCUUUAAUUGCUUCCUGUUUCAUGUCAGGGGUCGUGUUUAAUUGACUUAACUUCCUGAAAGGUCAUUCUCUCAUUCUCAAACUUCUUAAGUCCACUUAUUCCAACAACUCUUUUUUUUAAUGACCAUGAAGAAGCAAUGGCCUUGAUUUGAACGUAAUUUGAAUGAAUAUCUGUGAUAUUCGUAAUGAACACUUAUAGAAACCGGGGUGUUCUUCCAAAUAUAAAGUUAUGAAUGCACAUAUUAUAGUCUUAUAGUAGGUUAUAGUUUACCCCAAUGAUGGUAUAAUUAUGUCAGGUAUACAUAAAAUUACAUAAUAGAAACUCCUAAUUUAAAUAUAGCUUUUAGUUAUCUUUCUUUAACUGGUUGUGUACCAGUUGUGUACUACCUAGAAUGCAUUUUUUCACAUGAAGGAGAAUUCUGUAUACUACAACGAAAUGGCACAAAACAUAUUUUGAAUACGGUUGACCUUAAAUGCGGUUGACAGUUGACACAACCAUGUUUUUAAGAGAGAGGGCUACAAUAUUGGAAAUGGCACAUGACAAUUGUCACUGUAUGUGUGCUGUUUAAGAGUCUGUGUUCUUUUAUCUAGACUUGUAUACCAGCUGAGGAUUUGGGGAAUGUUACGAAAAUGUUGUAUGCUAUAUCUAGCAGAACUCUACAGUAUCGCUAUUUUGUUAUAUAGAGGAAUAUGUAAAUAUUUUUGGCAGUGUUAAUGAUAUACAGUACAGUUCUAUAGUACAAUGUUGCACGUGUGUGAGUCAAUGAUUGUGAGGUACAAUACAUUUUAUUGCAAGUUUU